CAUUAUGAGGUCAGAGCCCCUCACUAAGGCUACCUCUGUCUCUGUGAAAUGCGGCAGGCCUCAGCUUUCCUUCUGCUGAUAUCCUAGGGACAACUCUUCCUCCUUAUUCCCUUGGGCUGGGAAGUUAAAGCCAAAGGAAUGAGGCACUCUAAGAACUAGAAGCUUCCCCACGUUGGUGAAAUCGCAGCCUUCUUUCCAUACAGAAGGACGAGAUUCCGGAUGUCUGUAUGGAUGCCAGAGACGACAAUGAGUUCAACCUCACACUGCAGAUUAACAACUUCAAAGCGGCCUUGGUUGAGUUCGAUAAACUGGUUGAACAGACAACAGCCCAAAAAAAGGACGAAAGAGCAGGCUUGUUUAUCCCAAAGGAAGAUGCAAUCGACUACGACAAGUUUUACGCCACAGUGCAGCAGAUCUUCGGCCCUGAAGUGAAGAAUCAAGAUGUAAAAUGCUUUUACAGGAAAAUCUGCAACAACCCUGAUGCGUCUAUUGACUGGUGUGAGAUCUUUGGCUACUUCUCCUCAGAGGAAGAUUCUCUUACUUCGCAGAUAGAUGAAGAAAAUUUGGUUUUCCUUGUGUCCAGAAAACAGCGAAUUGUGAUUUCAGGUAGUAGAAGACGAGAUGUGAUUAAAUGCAUUGUGAAGGUCCCACAGCUGGACUUAUUGAUAACAGCAUCUCAGAAAGGAUUGAUCACCAUCUUUAACAGUCAGAUGAGAGUUCAGACCAGCACCAAUGUUACAGAUACCUCCUGGAUCACGGGCUGUGAUUACCUGGGCCAGCUAAAGCGAAUCGUUGCCACUACAGAGAGGACCAUUAUCGUCUGGGAUUAUAAAGCUCAAGGGAGCAGCCAGGAGCACUAUUUUGUCAUCAAGCCCAUGGACCACUGCCUGCUGUGUGUGUGCGUGGUGCCCCUCCCUGACCAGCUCUGCAGAGAUGACAUCCUCCUGGGAGAUGACGGGGGGUUUGUGAACAGGUUCACUGUAAACAGCGAUGACUUUGGAUUAAAGCAGACAAAAACAAAGAAGAAAUUACAGACCCAGGUCCUAGACUCUAAGAACUUUAAAAGUGUCAAGAGGAAGUUGCAUAAUGACUGGGUUAUGAAAAUCAGAUACAUUCCAGCUCUCAAUUGCUUUGGAUCCUGCUCCCUAGAUAGUGUUCAUUCAUUGGUUUUGGAAUCCUUGAAGAGACUUGAGGACAAUUUGCCUGUCAGAGAAUUUGCCAUGCCAAGAGGAGCCAACACGUUCUGCUACUGCGUUAAGGCAAACGUGAUUAUCACUGGAGGAGAUGAUAAGGUCCUUCGGUUGUGGCACCCCAAUAUCAGCACGAAGCCAGUUGGGAAGCUGGUGGGGCACAUGUUCAGCAUCACAGAGAUCGUAAGCAAUGAGAAAGAACAACACGUCAUCAGCCUUUCCUCCGCAAAGGUCUUCCGAGUGUGGGAUAUCCAGACCCUAUCAGUAUUGCAAGUCUUCCACGAUAGCCAAGGAGGGCCGGGAGACAUGCAGAUUUACUCCAUGGUGUAUGACGCCAACCAUGGCAUGCUCAUUACAGGAUCGAGCGUUAUAGACAUGUAUCCGUUGACCAGGAUGGUACAGGACACAAAGCAGGUUCCUCACUCUCAUGAACGAGAAAUCAAUGUCAUGCUGUACAACAAAUACUUCCAUCAAGUGCUCACUAUCUGUUCAGAGUCCGUAAUCAAGGUAUGGGAACUUGAGACGGGCCUCCAAAUAUACCAGAUUCUAGACCCUCACGGCUUCAAUGUUGAACUAACCUGUGCAGCUAUUGACGAAAGUGGAUUUAUUUUUGUCACCGGAGCUUAUAAUGGAACAGCUAAGAUCUGGGACUUUGGCAGUGGGCAGGAGAUGAAAAUGCUGCCGGAAGGGAAAGACUGGGCAGAGGAGGAACAUGGGCUGCUGCGCCUGUUUUUCCUCAAGGCCCAGGUGAAGAACCAGCACCUCGUCCUCGCCUUGGAGCGCAACGGGACUAUCAAGAUGAUCCAGGGAAAAGAGGAUGACCUCUUCCUCGUGGUGAUAUGGGAGCUGCCUGAUGCCAUACCUUACCUACAGUAUGGAAGCCAUAUUGUACAUCUGAAGGUGUCAACUAAAGACAGGGGGAUGGCCAUUCCUUUCCCAGAUGUUGAGUUAAUCGUCCAGAAAAGCUUCAGUCAGCAAACUAGUCACAAUCCUGCUGUUGACGUUGAGGUGAACUGCAUUGAUUUGUUUCAAACAGAGGGAUACAAUUUGAUAGCUUGUGGAACCAUAAAUGGCAUGAUUAUCUUAUGGAAUUUUGUAACAGCUACUGUCAAAGAAAUAUACCGGCCCGAGGACUGUUUCUCUACGGACCCUGAGUUGGAUCCCAAACGAUUCCGGAUUAAUGACAUAAUGUUCCUCUUCCGACCUCCUGACUGUGUAAGGAGAUCAAGUCAGGAUUCCAUCUGCUCGUCAACCCAAUGUGACUCAAGCAAGGGUCCACAGAGCAGCAAGGGAAGCAAACAAAGUAUCCAUGACACAGAGGUCAAAGGUGAGCAAGCAGACACGGUGGGAGAGCAGCAGCCGGGGAGCAAAAAACAGCCCACCCCUACUAGCUCCGCGGAGACACAGCCUCCCAUCCUGGUCACGGCCCAUGAGGAUGGGCAUCUCCGCCUGUGGACGCUGGAGGGAAAGCUCCUGAAGGACAUACUGCCCUUCACGAAGCACUCUGCCAUUUCCUUGAGUUCACUGUACACUGACUCGUGCUGCAGGACACUGCUGGCUGCCAAUGUGGAAGGACAUGUUAUCCUUUGCAGUAUUAGUGCCUUCUUGGAUCCGCCUCAUGAUGAAAAGAAAUUCAAGCAGCUGCUAUCCUGGCGUGCCCAUUCUUUAGAAGUUAUUCAAGUGAUCUAUGUGGAAGACAAGCAGCUGGUGCUUACUGCCUCCAUUGAUGGCUCAGUGAGGCUCUGGCAUUCCACCAGCGGUCAUUACUGUGGCUAUUUCGGACAACGGAGAAUGUUUGAUCUAACCCAAAGCAGUGAUUUCAUUUUGCCUUGUGAUGUUAAUGAAUAUCCCGUAGAGAUAAAAGAAGAAAGCAAGUUCACAGAGAAGCAGCAGAAAUAUGAAUAUCCUCUGAUAUUUGACCGUGAGAGAUGGAAAAAAAUGAGCUCACUGUCUUUGCUUUUCAAACGCGCACCACCCAAGCCCUUUGAAGUGCAACACGAUUUUAAAUUUUUCAAGUCUCUUUCUUCUCCGAAGAUUCGCCGAUAUGCUUUGGAAGGUUUCAUGACAGAAAACAGAGAAGCAGGGAUUGUUUUUGGUUCUCUGCCUAUAUACAGGGUGCCGAGCCCCACAAGUCUAAGAUACCUUCCACUCAUUGGCUCUGAAGCACAAAGAGACUCGAUAGAGGGUGUCCACGGGAAGAAGAAGGGCGCGCAUGUUCAGCACGAUAAAUCACGGAGGAAAAGCCUGAAAAGAAAUUUAGUUCCACAAAUAAAUCUGGCUUCGUCCUUCUUUCCAACCAUGCCCAAGUGAAGAGGAGCCUUGGAACUGGCUGUUGUACAGGAGGCCAUGAAGUCUGGACAACAUCUUCCCUCUGUACUUCCAGAUGAGACACCACAAGAUGGUUACACAUCCCUCUACUUCAGGUCAUCCCGGUAAUGGAUGUACUCAAGGGGUUCCACUGACCUUAGCCCUGACAACAAGCAAGCAACAGCUUGCAGCCAGUUUGACAACUUCUUUUUACACAUGGAAAAACACCUAAUGAAUGGGCAAUAUUUCCUGUCAUUGUCAACAAGAUGGCACAAGGACACAAAUGACAUUGGUAGCAUGAGUAGCCCCCAAAUGCUUAGUGGUGCUUAGUUUUCACCUCGGCUUGUUGUUCACCCCAUUCCAUAACCAGAAUUAGAAUGUGUGCAGUAAGAGGAAAAUUACAUGUGUGUCCUGCUGUGUCUAUACAAAGAGGAUCAUUAUCGUUGUUUCUUUUUUUAUUUGAAGUUGCACCUAGGGGCCUGACGAGCUAGGUGAGUCAGCUACAUCAAGGGCUGUUUGGAGAUAAGGUCUCACUAGGCUGAGCUAGGAGGUCUUGGAUUUAAGGUUGCUCUGCUUCAGCCUUCAGAUCUUUCAGGAAAAUUAUUAUUCAAAAAGAAAAAUAUCCCUACCCAGCCUUUGACUGUCUGCUUCAUUGAGGGAAUGUCACCUGAGAAUUCCCGGAAUGAAGCUGUGACUACAAAAGCUGAUUGGUUAAUGAGAAUGUCAGUGGCGUGGAGGGGCUGAAGAGUUAAGACCAGAGUCAAAUUAUCUUGAGGACAUCUCUAGUUCCCUCAGUAGACAUCUAUUGCCCCCUCUAUGCAUGACUCAACGUCUAUUGUAACCAUUGGGUAAAUCCUUUGGAAUGUGUCAAAGAGGCCCUAGUUUCUGCCAAUCAAAAGGCUAAAGAUGCUGUCAGAUAGCACCCAAGGCCUAAAAACUGUGACCUGCCUUCCUGAUGUGCUGCCUUAAUUACUGUUCUAUUGCUGUGAAGAGAAACCAUGACCGAGGCAUUUCACUGAGGUCGAGUCUGCAGAUGCAGAGGCUGUCUAUUGUCAUCAUGGCAGGAAACAGGCAGGCAUGGCAGUGGAACCAUAGCUGAGAGCUUUGCAUCCUGAUCAGCAGGCAGCAAGCCAAGAGACACUAGGCCUGGUAUGGGCUUUUGAAACCUAAAAGCCCACUCCUGUUGACUUACCUCCUCCAAAAAGGACACAUCUACUCUGAGCCCACACCUCCUAAUCCUUCCGAAAAUUUCACCAGCUAGGGCUAAGCAUGGAAAUAUAUGAGCCUAUGAGAGCCAUUUUCACUCAGCACGUAUACUUACCAAUAUAUUUGAAAAGCAGGUUAAGUUUAUGACUUUCUUUGCUCUGUUGCUAUAAAAGUUCAUGAAAUUGCUGCCUUGUUGGAACAUGGUAUUUGAAGAAGCCUGAUUGUGUUCCUCAGCCAUGGUCACUUAUAUUUGACUCUGGAAUAAACUCUUCUUUUCCUUUGA